GCAAUUCAUAAUCACAAUAAACUAAAACAAUUAAAUAUUCAAUAUUGCAAACAAUGUCGAUUAAUCUGGUAGUUCUUGAUGAACGAUAUGAAUUACUAUUAUCAACUGGAAAAAUUCCAUUUCUUCUUAAUGAAGGAGAAAGUAUUCGUUUUCGAACAAGUACAUCUCGACAAUCCCUUGCCAUAUCCUCACAAGAUUCUACUUCAAGAACAAUAAAUAUUAAAGCCAAAGAUGGUUAUGUGUUUCUAACUACUAUACGGAUAGUGUUUGUUACUGUAUCUAGUGGUGAUAUUAACUCAUUUCUGAUUGAUCUCACUAAUAGUCCCUCAUUACAAUUUUCUCAUAAAUUAGUAUCUCCCUGGUUUGGAGCGAAUUAUUGGGAAUUCCUUUUUAAUAGUGGCUCCUCAAGUGAUGGAUUUCCUACAAAUCAAUGGUUCAAAGGUACAAUCAUGUUCAAUGAUGGUGGAUUAUUUGAAUUCAUUAAUAUUCUUAAUUUAAUCAUAAAUGAUGUGGUACAUAAUGUUGAUAUCGAUGAUGAACUUCCACAAUACUCUGCAUAAUGUUGUAUAUCUCUUAAAUAUUCAAUAUUUAUUAAAGUUUAAAGAUCUAAAAGGUUUGUAUUUCCUUUUCUUUUAUAUAAUCUCCAUAUU